AUGAACCGCCUCUUCGGGAGCACGGCUCCCAAAGCGCCCAAAGCCACCCUCAACUCAGCCAUCUCAAACAUCGACACGCGCGUGUCCUCCAUCGACGUCAAGCUCGCCUCCCUCAACGCCGAACUGCAAGGCUACCAGACCAAGCUCAGCAAGAUGCGCGAGGGGCCGGGCAAGACGGCGCUCAAGCAAAAGGCGCUCAAGGUGCUGCAGCGGCGCAAGCAGUACGAGGCGCAGCGCGACCAGCUGCAGUCGCAGGUGUGGAACAUGGAGCAGGCGCAGACCAUGCAGGACAACCUCAAGAACACCAUGGUGACCAUCGACGCGCUGCAGAGCACCAACAAGGCACUGAAGAAGGAGUACGGCAAGGUCGACGUCGACAAGAUCGAGCGCCUGCAGGACGAGAUGGCCGAUUUGCUGGAUGUGGGGAACGAGAUCCAGGAGAGUUUGGCGCGGAGCUAUGAUGUGCCUGAGGAUGUGGACGAGGCGGAAUUGGAUGCCGAGUUGGAAGCGCUCGGUCAGGAGGUGGAGCUGGAUAGGGAGCUGGCUGGGGCGGGGAUGGAGGGGGCGUUGCCGAGUUUUAUGCAGGAUGAGGUGCCGGAAUUUAUUGACGAGGCGCCGACAACGACGGGGCAGGUGAAGGAGGCUGCUGGUUGA